AAAGAAAACUGUCAAAAAAAGCAAGCAACAAAGUCUUUUUAUAACGUGCUAUAAAUCGAACUUGUAAAUGAGUUCUUCCUUUCUGAAUAUUUAAUACUGAUUCGUGUUUUGUAUUUUUUAAUCGGUGGGGAUCAAUUUUUUCGAAUUUGCAUGCUCUGUUCGAUAUUACAGCUUACGUUUGUGAUAAAAUACACGUUUAAUGUUCGAAGUGAUUUUUAUAAAUUAAUAGUGAAAAUGAAUUUUAAAAAUAAUCUUAUUUGUUUUACAUUAAUUUAUUUAAGUUUAUUAUGUUUGAGCAUUGUUUUAUGUUCGCCUUAUAUUAGAUCAGAUGAAGGGAAUGAAAUUGAGCAAAUUUAUGAUCGACCCGAGUUUCAGUUCUGCGACAAUCAUGGAAAAUGUUUGAAUUUACUGGAUAUUGCUUUAGCCAGUAAUGGAACAAGAAGGAAAAGAGAUUCGAAAGAUUUUUGCCUUAUGCCCCCUCCUUCGCCGGACAGGACUAUAAAAUACAGCUGUAAUCGAAACGAUUCGGAAUCUUGCGAAAUAAAUGGACUGGUUCCUGAAUUUACUACAAUUGAAAUCUCAUGCAAACAAGGUUAUUCGUCAUUAAAAGUACACGAUGACCAGGAAUUCCCAUCGAUUUGCUAUGAAAAAAGAUGGAUCCCUGAUCCUGUCAAGAGAUGCUACAAACUGUGUGAUAAAUUAGAACCUAAGAACGUGGAUUUGCAAUGUUUUCAAAAAAAUUUACCAAUUCCUUGCCAUUCGUUGACAGCUGGAGACAGAGUUCACCCAACUUGUAAGUCCUCCUACACGUACGAAAACCUUCACCACAAUCACCAGGAAAUAACUUGCAAAGAAGAUGGAAAAUGGGAUAAUGCUCUAUUGUCAUGUGUCCAAGAAUGCGGACGUAAGUCAACAAAUGCGAACGAUGCGACUUGGUAUGUCGCCGUACGAAAGAUUGGAAAGAAGAAGGGAAUCAAUUGUUUUGGCACCAUCAUAAGUCCAAGGUUAAUUUUGACAACUGAAUCCUGCGUAUACUCCGUGGCAGAAAACAGGGAUUUUAUACUUGAUGAUAAUCCCAAUGAUUACGAAGUACUUGUGAAGAGAACUCACCGAUUACGCAAAACUAUCAAGGUAAAAGAGUUCCGUUUCUUCAAUAAAACCAGUCCAAAUGUAUUCGACGCGAAUCGUUUUCACGAGGUGAUGAUUGUGAUUCUGGAGGAAGACAUAAUUUUCAAUUCAGAUGUUUCACCAGCUUGUGUUCAUUGGACAAACUCACAAAAAGUGAACGUUUGGAAUGGAACAGCGAAGGUUGUAAACUGGCCCGAAUCCGCUAAAGACACCCCAAACACCCAAGCUUUACCUUUCCUAAGCCACGAAGCAUGUAGACAAUCAUGGACAUACCCGUACUUCGUCUUUUUCUGGGCAGAUAUGAUGUUCAAUCAUAACUGCAGCAAGAGAAACACCGAUACAUUCCUGCAUCAGGAUGAUUUACACUGCUUGGCUUUAGAACAAGAUAACUUGGCUAGUUAUGUAGUCGGAAGUGGCAUCGUGUUUGAAGAAAACGAUCGUUAUUUUCUUCGCGGAAUUGCAGGAUUCCAAUUCCAGACAUCGUUGUUGCUCGAAGAUUCCGCAGUACGUCAAGAAUUCGAGAAAUUUAUGACCGAUGUGAAUACGAAUUCUUCGUCCGAGUUGCCAAAAUCUGAUUCUUUGGAAAUUGUUAAACUGGCGAAUGAUAGUUUACAUUUGGAUGCGAAAACCUAUAAUCGUAAUUUCGCGGGUCUUCUGAAAGGUCAUUCUGCUGCAACUUAUGGUAAUCAAUCUAAGAAUCCUCAAAAUUUAGUCGGUGUUAUUGAUUUGGCCGGAUAUGUGGAUUGGAUUAAGAAGGUGCGAGAUGAAAUUCAUUUAUAAUAUUAUGUUACCUAUAUCAAAUAAUAUAAAAUUCAAAUCGAG